UCCGUCAGACAGACAAAAUGAAAGACCACGCUGUGCAUUCAGAACUCAAAUGAGAUAUCACCAUCGCAUCAAGCUAUCCAUCUGCAUCCAUCCACUUAUAUUGCGGCUCAUAUUCACUCACAGAGCAGUGUCUUUGCGAGCCACAACCCCCGAGACUUACUAUGUCCUUCCCAACAUGUACCCAAGUUUGGCGUGUCAAGAAUUCACCUGCAGAGUCUGUAGUUCUUGACUCUUCCGAUGAUGCAACGUUUGCCUUGACAGAGGAACCUCUGCCUCACCUUGAGGAUGGAGAAAUGCUCGUGGAAAAUGUGUACUUUUCCAAUGACCCUGUGCAAAGGAGCUUGAUCCAGAAAGACGUCUCACCAGAAAGCCUCUGCAUUGCUCCCGUGCGUGAGGGCGACGUAGUGACAUCUCAUUCCAUCGCUCGUAUUCUCGCAAUCAACGGUAACACUAGUCAUGGAUUCAAGGUAGACGACCUCGUUUUCUGCAUGACUGCUGGGUGGCGACGGUACGCGGUGGUCAAAGCAAACUCUUCAGCAUGCCUACCCCUGAUGGUGCCUGAAAAUGUGCCAAUCACUGCCGCUCUUGGUCUGUUCGGAAUCUCUGGAUAUACUGCGUACUAUGGUCUGAAGGAUAUCUUGAAACUCAAGGAAGGAGAUUCGUUGAUUGUCAGUGGGGCUGCGGGAGCUGUCGGCAACAUCGUCGUUCAAUACGCCAAGAAUGUGAUCAAGGCGAAAAAAGUGAUUGGAAUCGCCGGAUCAGAAAAAAAGUGCAAAUGGCUCAAGGAAAUCGGUGCAGACAUCGCCCUCAAUUAUAAAUUGGAUACGUUCCCGCAAGACCUUGCUGAUGCAACACCGGACCUUGUAGAUGCGUUUUUUGACAACGUUGGUGGUUUUAUCCUGGAUCAAGCGAUUGCACGAAUCAAACGGUAUGGUCGCAUCGCGGCUUGUGGUUCUAUUUCAGGAUACGAUAAGGACGUAGGGAAGCCCACGAUGGGGACUACAUGGUCCGAAGUAACAACCAAACGCUUGACAAUUCAAGGCUUCACUGCCCUUGACUUUAUGUUUUCGCAGGACGGGUCCAACAGAGUGGCCGCGGAAGGCUUUCCAGACAUCGCUGGUGCACUUCAGCGGGGAGAUAUCACACUCGAACAUGCCGAGGAAAUUAUGGAGGUACCCUUUACAGAUAUUCCGAAGGUUUGGGGGAUGCUGUUCACUGGCACCAACUCUGGGAAGUUGGUGACAAAGCUUAAACCCAGUGCAUGAUACGAUGACAGGAGAAUAAAUUAUUCAACUAGGCAAUGUCCAAACUGCUUGAACGCAACGCUCAACUCGCUUCGAAAAAAAAUCAGGCAUGCGUAUAUAUACUAUCACCUAUUGUUCACCGACUUUGCGCGCGGGUAACACCCCUCGCUUCAUCUCAUGAGGAUUUAGUGAUUGUUACUAGGCUCAAUUCUGAACCACUCUCCUUCGAAAUAAGUAGUCGUAGUUUCAGAACUUUCUAAGUGACUCGCGAAUCUGAUACUGC